AGAUCAUGAGCAGCACAGGGGAAAAAAUGCUUCCAUGGCUGUAAUAUUUAACAUAGUUGCAGGAAUUAUUUUAUAUGUCUACGUCAUAUAAUUACAUUUUAUUUCCGACUGUUUCUCUGGACUGGACACCAAAUUUCUCAUAUUAAACUGAAAUGCAAAUGAAAAAUCGAAAGAAGAGAACUAAAUUCGAAGUUUAGCCUAGCCCUCUGUCAGCCCGAUGCAUAGAAAUUGACGCAAAAGGUCACCCCAAUGAAUUCUAUAUCUCUGUGAUUUAAUCGUGUUGCGUUGAUGCAGUUUGAGGGAUCGCAUUUUAUAAUUUGAUCACACUUUCGAAAAAAACCAUCUUCAACUUUGCUUCGCGUCUUCUUCUAAUGGCCUUUCUCUCAGUUUCAGUGAAAAGAGGGCAACUCGUUGGAGCUCCAGAACGGUUCAACACUUACGUUACCUUGAAGCUUCUCAGCGUGAAAAGCACUACAGUAUGUGUGAAGGGUUCGACUCCUUGUUGGGAGCAAGAUUUCAUGUUUGAAAUCGAUCUGCCCCCCUCUAAUAGUUCCCAAAACCAAUCCUCUUCUGAUUCUCCAAACGGACUCUUAGUUGAGCUCUGGAACAAAGGAGUAAUCUGGGAUACUAUCAUUGGCUAUGUCUGGAUCCCACUGCAGAAGAUUCCCGGAUACAUGACGCAGAAUGAAAGCGGAAUAGUUGCGAAAAACAACGGGUCCCACCCGGAUUCGAUCCUCCCACAUGCCCCUACUUGGUUCAACGUGGACGCCGAGUUGUCGCUAGGCGCCAAUGGGACUGACGUGAAAGGCACAAAACUGACGACUGGACACAAAAUAUUCUUGGAUAUAAGAUUCGAAAGCAAUUUAGACGAUCUGAACGGAGACUUGAACAGUAGUUCGAGGCACUGCUCCUCGUGGCAACGGAGGCUUCAGGACCUCAACCAGAUGGAACAGAGUCCCCCCUUCGAUGGUCACCACGGUGGGAUGGGAGGACGGAGGGACGGAGGUGGAGGGGGGAUCAUGUAUGGCCGCAGAGCAGGAGAAGGGGGCAAGGGUUCGUUCAAUCAUGGACCAGGUGGCACACAUCCCUCUUCAGGAGGUGGAAUCAUUGCACCUUCCGGGCAAAACAUGCCACCAUACAGCCAGGGCAAAGGGGGAGGAGGGGUCUCACGGAGUGGGGGCACAGGAGGAGGCAAUCUGUACAGGACACGCAGCUCAAACUCCAAUCACAGUCAAUUGUCGGAAGACAGCGACUACACAAGUGACAUAGUGGGCGGAGUGAAUCACCCCCACCCGAAUGAAUCAGUGAGCCAAUAUCACCCCCGACACAGGGCCCAAUUCAACCCCACAGAUGCCCACUUACCCCCGUCCUCUGACCAACAACCACCCUACUACCAACCGCACUAUGCCAAUGACCGCGGAGUGAGACCAGGUUAUUAUGAGUAUGGUGGUGAUGAGUACUACCCUAAUGAGUCAAUGGGGGGAGGGACCGGUGGUGUUGACGCGGAUUAUGAAAGGUAUCAGCAGGGAUCUAGACCUUAUGGACAGGGUACUAUAUACCCUGAUGGGUACAUCAGUGACUCGUACUACCACGAAGGAGGGAAUUUUGAAGAUCCGCAAUACUAUUAUUACGACGAGUACGAUCCCGAUUUUGACUACUAUGACUACGACGAAGAGGAGUUUUUCCUUGAAAAUGGAUACUACCCCGAAGAUCACAUGAUGGCUCUGAACCAAGAACAACCUCCUCACCCUAAUUUUCCGGAAGGAACGACUCCUCAGAGCUCGGCUGCCGGAAGGCGGAAGCUUCCAGACGUCAGUCAGAUCUCGGAAUCCGAAGCGUAUCUCUCAGAUCGAUCGGGUUUGGAAGCUGAUCGCGAUGCUGCAAAUAGACGCCGACAACUUCCGAAUGAUCCGAGCGCUCUGCGAGUUUCUGUCGGUGGUGUUGCGGAGGUUCCGACAACUUCAGGAACUUUUACGAGAGUAGCAGAUGAUGGUUCGAUGCUUCCCGGAUGUGAGGUGGGGGACCCGAGUGUGGGGUUCAUGGGGGCGGAGCAAAUGGGGGAAGAUGAGUUGAUAGGGGAUGCAACAGGGGGAGAUGAGUACUAUGAUGGAGAAGAAUGGUAUCCCGAGGGAUACGGACCAGAGGACUAUUUUUAUGCCGGUGCCAAUGAAGAUUACAUGUAUGGGGCACAUCCUGUGCCAGGGGAUCCAAAUAUGGACUACGGCCAGACGGGGCACUACCCCGACGUGCCCCUGGAUGAGUUUGGAAAUCCAGUGCACCCUCCGGACGGUGAAGAGUACGACGAAGGCAACUACGAAAAUGUCGAGGCACUGUACGAGAGUCGAGCAGCGGACAGGUUCCAAGGCGUUGAUGGAGCACAUCCACAUCCGGAAGAAAUGGAAGGGGAGGAGUUUUUCGAGACUGCCACACCUGGCUACUAUGACGAAGAGGGAAACUUCAUCCCAAUCGAAGAUGAGCAGCUGGAGGGGUACGAAGACACUGAGAUGUACGAGAACCUGUACUAUGACGAGUACGAGGAGGGAGGGGAGUACUACCCGGGCGAGUUCGCGUAUGAUGAAAACGGGGAACCCAUUCUCCAGGAGGCACCCUACAGUCUAGACGACUCAACUGUCAUGUACGAGAACUACAUGCUAAGUUACGAAGACGACCAACAAGACCCUGUAGUUCACAAAACAGAUAUUGGCAACCUUCAUCUUCAUCACCAUCAAGCAGCAGGGGGAGUUGCAGUGCCGUUUAGUGAGCAGUUACACGUGGACACCUCCUCGGGGGGUCAGUUGGCAGACUUUGACCUCAGUCGGGAUUAUGCGAACUUGAAAUCAACUGGAGCAGGCGGCCUUGCGAAAGGCCAUCACCAGCACCAACUAGACUUCCCAGUAGGAUCACUUUCCCAGUCGGGAGUGGCGGUGGCGGCAGCCGAGAGGUCAAUGUCACCCCCUGUCGCUGUCGGCCACGGUCAAGGCAGUAGACACUACGUUGACAGAGGCCUCAUGAGCGGGGAUGAUUUCCUCAACGACAGUCCAGGAGAGGCUAGCUCUGUAACUGGCAGUCAAAUUUUGAACGAAAGAUACGAACCAAACCGCAACAAGAACAACUUCGAUUACGAUUUACGACCAGCGAAUUCAGCAAUUUACAGACCAGGACAGCCACAACAGAAAAGCAGAGAAAGUCAACUCGAGGAUGACUUCGGCACAGAAACGCUCAACGAGAAACUACUGCUCAAGCAUCGAGCUGCGUUGGCUAAUAAUGAUGAGUACAAUCAACAAGGGCAGAAUCAACAAGAUGUGUAUCCUAAUCAAAGUAGAUCUUAUUACGACGAAGAGCAAAAAUUCCGAGAGGAGUUCUCGGAAAGCGAGAGCUGGACACGAAACGAGUCAAAGGAGCUAUCGAGAGAUUCAGACUUAGAACAAGAUCGUGUGGAGAAUUUUGAGCGUGAAACGAAGGAUCCAUCUGAUCAUCUGCAGCUGGAGGAGAGUGGUGAUGUGAUUGGCGGGACUACACAUGGGGAGAGAAAGGCGACCCAUCUGGACAGAGAUAGAGCCAAGGCCAGGUGGCUGACAGCGUACAAGAAAAUCACUGAUAGUUUCGACGACAGCGAGGGAGAGAGAAAAGACACAUUGAACGACGUUGUUGGUCCGCACACAUCUUUGCUGAGCAACAUAGAAGACAUUUCACAUGUUAUGAAGGCCAGAAGGACUUCGAUACCUUUGUCGCUGGCGGCCAUGAAGCGACAACAGGGCAUAGCUACCACUACUAUGGCCGUCAGGCAGUCCAUACAAGACAACGAACUGAAAAUGGGCGUGUACAAGAGCACGUUGCAAGCCUUAAUCUACCCGAUCUCGUCCACAACGCCCCACAACUUCACCAUCUGGAGUGCGAACAAGCCCACCUUCUGCUUCGAGUGCGAGGGUCUGUUGUGGGGACUGGCCAGACAGGGGCUGAAGUGCAGAGAGUGUGGGGUGAAAUGUCACGAGAAGUGUAAGGACCUCCUCAACGCAGACUGUCUGCAGAGGGCGGCUGAGAAGAAUGCGAAGCAGGGUGACGGGGACAAGGUGAACACUAUUGUGGCGGCUAUUAGAGACAGGAUGCAGUUGAGAGAGAAGGAGAAGGAACAGCUGUUCGAGACCAUACGCACUGUGUUCGCAAUAUCUACCAGAGAACACCAGUCUCAGAUGCGCCACGCAGAACAGAUUGUGCUAGAAGGUUCCUCUAAAUGGGCGGCGCGUAUCUCGAUUACAGUGAAGUGUGCACAGGGACUGGCGGGCAAGGACAAGACGGGGGCGAGUGACCCCUAUGUGACAGUGCAGGUGGGCAAGACGAAGAAGAGGACAAAGACCAUCGCACAAGAACUCAACCCAGAGUGGAACGAGACAUUCGCAUUUGACUGCCACAAUGCGUCCGAUAGAAUCAAAGUGCGGGUGUGGGAUGAAGACGAUGACUUGAGGGCGAAGUUGAUGCAGAAACUGACGAGAGAGAGCGACGACUUCUUGGGACAGACAAUCAUCGAGGUGCGUACUCUCUCUGGUGAGAUGGAUGUGUGGUACAAUCUGGAGAAGAGGACUGACAAGAGUGCUGUCUCUGGAGCCAUCAGACUACACAUCAGUGUCGAGAUGAAGGGCGAGGAGAAGUCAGGUGCCUCUUAUCACGUGCAGUACACAUGUCUGCACGAGAACUUGUUCCACUACCUCUGCGAGAGCAGUCCCGACCCCAAGAACAGUUCAGUGGGGGGAGGGGGAGGGAUGUUCAAGCUGCCCAGUGGGGGCAGUGGGAAGAGCGAGGACACGUGGAAGGUGUUCUUCGAUGAUGUCGCUCAAGAAGUGUGUGAUGAGUUCGCUCUCAGAUACGGAGUGGAGAAUAUCUACCAGGCCAUGGUUCACUUUUCGUGCCUGUCCACCAAGUACACUAGUUCGGGAGUGCCUGCCCUGAUGAGUACUUUCCUGGCCAACAUCAACGCCUACUAUGCCCACUCCGCCUCCAACAGCAACGUCACUGCCUCCGCCAGAUUCGCAGCCUCUAACUUUGGGAAGGAGAAGUUUGUGAAAUUGCUGGACUCACUACACAACUCCCUUAGGAUUGACCUGUCCAUGUACAGGAACAACUUCCCCACUGCCAGUCCAGACAAACUGAACGAUCUCAAGGCCACUGUCGACCUACUCACCAGCAUCACCUUCUUCCGCAUGAAGGUUCUGGAGUCGACCAGUCCUCCGAAGUCUGCACUAGUGGUGAAAGAAUGCGUGCGAGCGUGCCUUAAACAAACUUAUCAAGACCUAUUCGAUCACGUGGCCGAAAUGACAGCCACACAACUGGCUAACGAAGCCAACAACCCCAGUGCCUCCAGUGGCGGGGAAGAGGAUCGGGCGGCAGCCUCGGGAGCCCCGGGACUCCGUAGUUUAGACUUCUGGCGCAACCUUCUCUCCUUACUCAUAGUGAUUAUAGACGAAGACAAAAAGAUCUACUCUUCCAAAAUUAACCAAUUUCCCUCAGAACUGAACGUAGGUCAGUUGUCUGCGUUUGAAAUGUGGAAGAUGUUGGCGGGGGAUUUGCGUUAUGCUAUGGAGGAGCACGCGAAGACUCUCUACUGUGAGAUAUCGGACUAUGUGAAGCUAUACUUCCUGGUGAAGUCCUUCUUCACUCUUCAUGUGAAGCCCCUCCCCCAAGCGAAGGAGUUAAGCGAAGAGGAGACAGACAUAGCAGUGUGGUUCAGUCCUUUUGUAGUGUGCUGGUUGGGAACUGUGGAGGAUGAAGCAGUGACGUUCUUAGUCAGUGCACUCAACAGGGACAAGGCCGAUGGGUUCAAACUGUCGGCUGGAUCUGCGAGGUAUUCGCACAGUGUGGUGGACACAUUUGCGAGGAUGGGGGAGCCGAUUGAGGUGAUCAAAAAGAUGGAGUGCAGUGAGCCACACUCCAUGCACCACGUCAUGAUCAGAUUCGCCAUGGUGCUCGAGACGGUGCUUCUGAAGUAUGCACAGAUAGUGACCCGUUUCUUCCCCGAGUACAAGUCGGAGGCGAAGACGGGUGUCAUUCUGAUGAACAAUGUGCAGCAACUCAGAGUGCAGUUGGAGAAGACCUACGAGGGACUGGGAGGUGCCUCGAUAGGGGAGGAGGCUACUCAGCACUUGAAUUCAGUGCAGCGCAAACUGUCCAAUCAUAUCGACGCUUUAGCAGGACAGUAUGCCAGCACCAUGCAACACGCCAUCGAGGACUCAGUCAACAAACUGGCCGCUAACCUCAACCAACACAAGGGCAACGCAUCUGUGGUAAUGAAACAGACUCAGAACAGACAGGCGUUGGCAGCUGAGGCGGAGGCAGUGGUCGGUCCACUGCUUGAGUACCUGGACACUCAGCUGGAAUCACUGGUGGACCUCGCAGACCGCACAGUGUUCAAACGACUCCUAAAGGAGAUAUGGAAGAUAGCGAUGGGGAAGCUAGAGAAGAAGAUAGUGUUGCCACCUCUCUCAGACAGACAGCAGCUCACUCUGUCUCUGCUAGAGGACAAGAACCUCACCCAGAAGCAGUGUGCAAUCAUUCACUCUGGCCUCGACAUCAUCAAGACCAUUUUCACUGCUGAUGGAAAACACGGCCUCAAACGCAGCUACCUGGACAAGUCUCGUGAGCUGCAGUCUCUUCGUUAUGCUCUCUCACUCUACUCUCAAACCACAGACACUCUGAUUAAGACAUUCAUAGUGACCCAGAAUGCACAGGACAAUCCAAGUGUGGACGACCCUGUGGGAGAGAUAUCCAUCCAGAUUGACCUGUUCACACAUCCAGGCACGGGAGAUCACAAGGUCACAGUCAACAUUGUGGCGGCCAAUGACCUUCGGUGGGUGACGACUGGGGUGUUCAAGCCCUUCGUGGAGAUCUGGCUGUUCGGACCCCAACUGCAGGACAGGAAGAGAAGGGAAGCCACGAAGCAGAAGCCCAACAUGCUAUCCCCAAAGAUAGGCGAACAGUUUGUCUUCUUGCUAGGCAACGAGGAAGAUCUGGACGUGUAUGAGCUGCACGUGGCAUGUAAAGACUACUGCUUCGGUCGCUCAGACCAGUUGGUGGGAGUAUCAGUCAUACAGUUCAGAGAUAUAAUUGAUCAGAAGAGUAAUUCUGGAACACACGCCAGCUGGCUGACUCUGGGUAGAUAUCUACAUUACGACGACACUGGGUGGACUAUCCUGCGCAUCCUAGCCCAGAGGAAUAAUGACGCCGUCGCCAGAGAGUUCAUCAAGGCCAAGACAGAACGGCGCUCCGAGGCACCCGGGCCUGAUUCCUCUCUUUUUGAGACCUCAUUUGCUCAUAAUUUGAGCCACAGUCUUAACCAAUUCAUCCCUGAGCCGGCCAGUAUGCCCCAGAUGCCCUCUAUGGCCUCCGCCGCCUCCCAGUUCGUGCCCCCGCAGGUGAAGAGCAUGGCCUCGAACAGUGGCAACAGUCUGGGACAGUCCUUCUCCUCCUCCUUCAAUAACUUCGGACUCUCAAAGCUACUCAACUCGUAACCCCUCCCCACUAUACACACUCCACAUCAUUUACAGGCUUGUAGCAUCAACCGGCCGAAUUUGCAUCGUCGUUUCUGGGACUCAGUUUGGACAUGCCGGACGCGCCCCUUCGAGGGCUAAAAACAACAACAAUAAUACCCACAUCAUCAUCAUCUCUUCCUCUUCUGCAAUGAUACUUCCACUUAAAUUAAAACUGGUUUUUGAGAUCUCACAGCUAUAAGAAGCUGUUGAAAACCCAAUUUCAGUAUGCAUCAUAUGACUGUAGCACUUCGAUAAUUUCGAUGUCAAAAUUGUUCAACUGACUGCUCGCCAUCAGCAACAACGGAUUCAUUUACAAUCAAAGUUCGAUUGAGAAGAAAGUCACAAAGGCUUAGGGCUUGUUUGAAUCAUCUCUACAUUCAAUGACGUUAAAGUACAAUGGACUGAAAAAUAAUGCAAUGUCGAGAGUGGACGAACCGCUGCAGUUCGACGGACCCACUAAAUUAUGCCGCGAAGUUUGACGAGGAACUCUACUUAACGAGAACGCUCAAGAAGAGCGAAGCAAGUGAAUAAAUCUAUUCUACAGUGUGAUUCUGAGCAGACAACUCUUUACUUACGGCUGAUUUAUUAACCGAACUUGCCAGCUCGGCUGGGCUGUUUUUAGUGAAGCGAUUUUUCAUAUUGCGUUGUGUUCAUUAUCGCAGGUUGCUUUAACAGUGUUUGGGUUAUGUCUCAGUAGUUUUAAGCAAAAGUUUUACCUCGAGACGCAAUCCUUCUUUGCAAUAUGCUCAUUUUUGUAUAUUUUUGCAGUUUAGUAUAGUUAGUAAAUUACUGAUGUUGUACAUAUUGUGCUUGUUCGGUUUUGUAAAUUUUCUCUCGAAGUUCCUAAUCAAAGAAGCAUACCAGCGUUUAAGAAUUAAAUUUAUAUAUUUGGAAUUAAAUAAUUUAUAAGAACAGUUUAUUCAUUGUAUGAUCGAGUGUUUAUAUUCAUUUUUCAAAGUUUGCGUUUGUAAA